AUGGAUCGAGCCAACAAAGUCUACCAGAAGGAGCUCAAACGCUUCCUGGACUUCUUGGGGCGCGCCGAUGAGCUCAAUGACCCCAACUUUGCCGAGGCCACCUUGCUCGAUGUCACGCCUGAGGACAUCCGCCGGUACUUUAACCUAAAAGCGUUCGGAACCAUCGCACCAACUCCCGAGUCGUUGCCGACACAUGCUCGUGCAAACUCCCUCAAGUACGUGAAAAAGAUGUUGAGUGCCUUCAUGCCAAGGCGCAUGAUACUGUGGGACGAGAUCCGGCGCGAGGGCAAUCCGACACGUUCCCCGGUGGUCAACGAUGUCAUCAAACUGGGGAUGAAAUGUUAUACGAUUGUGCACCGAGUUUUCUGA